UCUAUGUAUUAAACAUAAUUAAUGAAAAUAGAGAAACUCACUCAAGGACUAACCAGAAAUGUGUUGCUUCGUCAUGUCCUAUGUGCAAGAAUAUUGUUUAUCUGAUGUCCCAGUAGAGGAGACCCUGGGUUUGUGAGAAACUUGAACAAAAGCAUUUCUUUUUAAGAACUUAAGUAAAUACAGGGAAGAAUAGAAAAUAGAAUAAAGAGAUUAAUUAUACAUUAAAUAUUAAGAGUUUUCACCCCCAAGUGGCUGAGUUUAUGACAUCACUUUGCUGUAAGCCAAGCAACUUAAUCACUCUAAAACCAUUCAUGUUUCUGCGUCCACGUGACUUCUGUGCAACGAUGUGUCAAGAAGCUUAGCUGGGAUUAUACCAUCUGUUGGAGCAAUUCACUCACUUCCAUGACCUUCAUCUAUAGGGCAGCUAUCCUGGGAAUUACAAGAAUGAGUGCCCUCGAUGGUGUCCCUUUCAAGGUGUCCAAGGGCUUUGUGAUAAGCACAGAGCUUCUGCCUGGGCCAGAACUCAGUGUCCCAGCCUGCAGGGAGCUUCUGCUGGGUUCUAUGCACGACUUCAGCCUGGAGAGGAGGACUCUCUUCUGGGUGGAGGCUGUCGUCCGGGGGCCCUGCCGGUUCCAGUGCGAUGCCCCCGGGACAGCUUCAGCCCCUCCUGCCUGGUACUUGCUGGUUAGCCCCGAAUACCGGCCGGUGCCUCCGCCGGCCGCAGCCGAUGGCCCUGAGGCUGGACCCCAGGAGCAGCUGGAGGAUGAGAAGGGAGAAGAGGAGGAAGCCUCCCCUGCCAGGGAGGAAAAGCCGGGUCCUUGCAGCCCCCAGGCCAGCGCUCCUGCAAGCCCCAGCUCAGGCUAUCACCGGCGCUCGCUGGACUUGCUGCGCGGCGUGAGGUUGGAGCUGGCGGGUGCCCGGCGGAAACUCUCGGAGGGCAGGAUGGCCUCCUGUCCCCGCGCCCUCCUGCAGCGCAUCCGCCACCGGGCGCUGAGCCUCUGCCCCAGCCCCGAGCCUCCCCAGGGCCCGGCGCUCCCGUUCCCCAGUGCACCAGAGCCGCCUCCGCGGCCUUCCACGGCCGGUGCCAUGCCCCCGCUGCGGAGCCACAAGCCCAUGGUCGCGUCCCUCAGCCCAUACACCUGCCUGCCACCUCUUGGGCGGGAGCCCCAGCCUCUCAUCGCCCACAGACCGCAUCCUGCUUCGGCUGACCUGCUGUCUGCCCUCAGCCAGGAGGAGCAAGACCUCAUCGGGCCAGUGGUCGCCCUGGGGUACCCCCUGCACAGGGCCAUUGUGGCUCUGCAGAAGACGGGGCGGCAGAGCCUGAGCCAGUUUCUCAGCUACCUGAGUGCCUGUGACCGGCUGCUGCGGCAGGGCUACGAGGAGGGCCUGGUGGAGGAGGCCAUGGAGAUGUUCCAGUUCUCUGAGAGCCAGGCUGGGGAGUUCCUGCGCCUCUGGGAACAGUUCAGCGACAUGGGCUUCCAGCAGGACCGGAUCAAGGAGGUGCUGCUGGUCCAUGGCAACCACCGCGAGCAAGCCCUGGAGGAGCUGGUGGCCUUCGCCCAGUGACGACCGGGGCACUCUGCAAAUGCCCGGGCAUCCCAGACCUGCGCUAAACCCAGCAAUCCAUCCUAACUGUGGACGACAUGAGAAUAACAAAGUGAUGCAUAUUCAUUACAAAAUUCAAACAGUGCCAAGGGUGGGAGCAAAUACUAUAGGGGAGGCAACACUUGGCACCUUAGGUUUUCAGCUAGACCAAUCAAUGAGAGAAACCAGCUCACUGACACACGGAGAGCACGUCACGUGGGAGGAACCUCAGGGAAAAGCAGCAGUUUAGAGCUCUGGCUUAUGCAGCACCAACAAAGAACAAACUUGUAGAGAGAGAAAAGGACACAGGAAAUCGGUUUUAGGCUUCUGAGAAUGGCAAGUUCUUGGAAGGUAAACAUGGGAGGGAACGAAUGGAGUAAGGCUCGUCUGCAGAUUCAUUCGUCUGGCGCAUCUCUGGGAGGACACAAGCCUGUUUCAGGGGAAGGAGGGGUUAUAUCCCGCCUUCAGACAGAAAAGGGCAGGGAGAACUUUUCCUGCAUUUGCUGCUGCUUCAUUGCCUUCAGCUCAAAAUAGUUUUCAUGUCAAAGGGGCAUAGUUUGGGGUGAGAUUCUGUUCUCUUUCAAUGCCAAAAGAAUCGGUGAAAACAGUUGCCUGUGGGGAGGGGCAGAUGGGAGGGUGUGGACAAGGAGCUGUGUUUUCUCGUGCGAGCCUUGUAAAACUACCUUUGUUUGACUCUUCAAACUGUGUGCAUUAGUAACUUUGCUUUUGAGAAAAUUAAAACAAA